AUGAAACCCUUUAUUUUUACAUUAAUCUUCGUGUUGAUUACAUCACCAUCGGUAUUUUCACGUACGAAUGAUGACGCGUGUGCGAGAAUAAUCAUUGGAUAUGAAAAAUCUAAUAGGGAUCCGGAAUUUAGCGCAAAUUAUUCCGACGUUAAAGAAUGCUUUGAAGAGUUUCCUUAUGACAGGGAGAUAGCCGAAAAUACGAUCGAAACGAUUAAGAAAACACUUCAAGGAUUUUUUGUUUAUUUAUCGCAGGCUAAAGAAGAACCCAAACAAGGAUAUUCUUUCAGACCUGUUGAUUUAAUUAAGGAAUUGGAUGCACUAUUAACAAAGAAUUAUACAUCAGAGUUUCAUUUUAUGCUUAAUAUAUACACUUUAAUUGCAGAAUUGAAAGAUCCUCAUCUAAGAUUUCUACCACUAUGUUACUUACGUUUCUUGUAUAGCCAACAACUUUCAUUAUAUUCAGUAAUUAACAAAGAUAAAGUACAAAUAAUCAAAGUAUAUGAUGAUGAAAUAGAUAAUAACAACGUUGAUUGUGAGGUGACACAUAUAGAUGGAAGACCUUCAAUGGAAGUGAUCAAAGAAUUUGCGGACAUGAGUAUUGAUCUCUCAAAAGAUUCAGGAGCAAGAUUUAAUUCAGCAUUAGCAGCUUUAAGAAUUAAUGAAAUUGGAGACAGAAUUAUAUCAUCAGAACAGUUCACUCUUAGAGUAAUUCUUCCGGAGAAAUCAUCAAUAGAAUACUCACUUGUGUGUGCAAAUGAUGUAACUACUACAUUUACGAGAGAAUGGAAGAUUGUAUCAAAGUUUUAUGAUAG